UCUGUCCUACCAGGACCCCAAGUGAGCCUGGUACUCACCAAGGGCUGCACUGCACAAAAGGACCAAGAGGCCAAAGUCACCGAGCACAGGGCAGGACCUGGGCUUUCCAUCACCUCCUACACCCGAGUGUGCCGCCACAGAGACUUCUGCAAUGACCUGUCCUCCACAGUCCCACUCUGGGCCCCGCCUUCGGACACAGUCCCAGGGAGCCUUCGGUGCCCCCUCUGCUUUUCUAAUGAUGACUGUCCACAAAAUGGCCCACAGCAGAUCUGCCCAGCAGGGUACACUCACUGCUACAAUGGAGUGCUCAAACUCAGGGGAGGGGGCAUUGCCAGCAAUCUGAGAGUACAGGGCUGUAUGCCCCAGCCAGGCUGCAACCUGCUCAAUGGGACCCAGGUAAUCGGGUCCAUGGAUGUGACUGAGAACUGCAAUCCUAGAUCAGAUAUGGACAUCCUGGAAUGCAAGAGGGGAAAAAUAGAAACCACAAGGGACGUGUCAGAUCUUCCACUACAUUGGACAACUGGCUGGCAGGCCUGUGGGAUCGGCCAGGGGUGCCAAGAAACAGUGGUUCUCAUAGUGAAUGGACCCCAAGUGAACGUGGUGCUCACCAAGGGCUGCACUGGGGCAGAGAACCAAGAGCCCCGAGUCACCUGGCACAGGGCAGGCCCUGGGCUGUCUGUCGUCUCCUACACCCGAGUGUGCCGCCAUAAAGACUUCUGCAAUGACCUGUCUACCACAGAGGCUUUCUGGACCCCACCUGCUUCUGACGGUGCCAGAGGUAGGCAGGAGUCCUGCAGGAAGAGAGGGAAUAGCGAAUCAAGAGGAAGGCCAUGGCUGAGGUGAAGCGAGCCCACGGCCUGGUUGUUUACAAACACUGUUGUUGAACAGUAGCUCUGCUAGCUCACUGCUACACUCCUCCCUGGCUCCUCACUCUUCAUCUCUUCCUCACUCCUUCUCCCCUCCCACCCCCUGCUCUGUUCACUCCCCUCAGUCCUCCCUGUCCAGCUUUCCCGAACAGUUCUGGAGCUCCAAACUCGGGGGUGGGUGUUGUAGCACCAAUUCAGAAGCUGGACAUGAUGCUAACCUGCUCUGUCUUCACAGCGCUUCCUGGACACUGGGUUCGGUUCAAUAAUAUCUCACCGUGGAUGUUUCUAUAGCCUCCUCUGCAAUACCUGGCUGUGAUGUUUUCUUUCCCAGCCUGGUGUUACAAAGAGUUUGGGGCAAUGUUUUGUGGUUUUAUCCUCCAGAAGAGUUUGUGAAGAGAACAUCUUAUCUACCUUGCAUAUUUAGUAAACUUGUGGAGGAAGCCGGUGGUUUCUUCCAGGGCACCCUGUGGCACCCUUGGCCAAGGCUGUGUCUGGGUCCAACCUCAGAAGACUCGUCUUCCACCGCCUCCUGGUUUCCCAGCACCCCUCUCACGCUCAGCCCCAGGAGUCUCUCAGGAGUUCUCACUCCCUGUGGCUCCUUCUCUCUCACCAGUCACACAUGCCGAAUUCCCUGCAGCUGGACCUGC